UCAGAAAGCAUUCCUCAGUUAAUUUAUGAAGUUUUAGGGGUGCAUGUCUCGUUUGUUCGUAUUCACAGGAACAGUGUAAAGGGCAUGAUGAACUCCAGACCAGUGUCAAUAACCGCAAAAUUGGUAGACAGAAGCAAGAAAGACGAGAUUCUGCAAGCACAGAAAGCUAAGAAACUACAAAGGGUUAAAUUACCAUUCUUUAUAACAUCCCAAGACCCACCUGUAGUGCUUGAAGAGCGCAAAAGGUUAUAUGCCAUCUCAGAUUCUCUCCGGGAGCAAAAAAUUAAGUCAAAGGUGGAACGAGGGCGGUUGAUCCUACCCAAUGGGGAAUAUUACCGAGAUCCUGUUCCAAAGAUUGAGACGGCGGAUGCCUUGCAGCUAACACCAGACGCGAUUGAUGCCCUACAACUACCCACACAUUCAACGCAGCCUACUAAACUUAAGGGUUCCGAAAUUUUGGCAACGGGUGUAAAAGUUAGCUCGGUGGAAGAGGUCCAGGACCUGUACAGAAAGGUGUGUGUUGAUCCAUAUUCUGCGGCGGCGGAUCACCGUAUUCUGGUCUAUAGGUUUGUGGAUUCUGCGGGGAAAACUCAUGAAAGUUUCUGGGAUGACGGGGAGCACGGUGCCGGCCGACGCCUUCUACAAUACAUGAAAACAAAUCAAAUAAACAACGUGGGUGUGGUCAUUACGCGCUGGAGUGGCCCCAGACACCUUGGUCCGGACCGCUGGCGAAUCAUGGAGGAACACUUGUGUGAGGUAGCCAAUACUCUGGAUGGGUGAACUUGUUAUUUCAUAUGGUUAAAAUACAACCCAACCAAUACAAUGACAAGGAAUAACUAUUACAUAUAUGUAAUUUGUAAAUAUCGUUAAAUUUAAGAGUUUUUUCAUUGUUUCCUUAAACUCCUUUUUUCAUUUAUUUAUUUAUAUAUUUAUUAAUUAAUUUUUUUAUUUAUUUAUUUAUUUUCAUAAUUAUUUAUUUUUUUCAUCUACCUUAGUAUUAUUUAUUAAUUUAUUUUCUUUUUUAUUUAUCUUUUUAUGCUACCUUUAGUACGCCGGAAAUAUUUUGUCUAUUGUCGUCAACUUUCAUUUUAUAUUUCCCUUCUCUUUGUAUAAUUACCCGGUGUUAUUUUUUUUUUCUUUAUAAAGUUCGAAUUAAAACAUUUUCUGAAGUAAUUCGCAUACAUCUCAGCAAUUCUAUUUACCUAUUUAUUUUUUAAAAUAUAUUAAUUAUUUAUUUAUAUCUCUUUCUGUGUUACCUAAGUACGCCGGAAAUAUUCUGUCUACUAUCGUCAAUCUAAUAUUCUGUAUUUUCCUUUUCGUUACAAUUGUCCGGUUUAGUGUCGCUGAGUGAUAUGGUCGAGGUAUUUUGGCGUGUUUUUUCUUUUUCGGCUAAAAAAUACCAAAUACUAUAUAGAAUAUGCACUCAUAUCCUCAGAAACUAAUCAUACUCUUCUCUUUCCUCUCUUUCUUUCCCUCUCUUCC